GCAAAAGCAGCACCAGAAUUUGCUUAGAAAUCACUUGAUUGCUUCACCUUCCUCUCUCUCUCUCUCUCUUUCUCUCUCUCUCUUUCAUAUGUCUUGAAUCCUAAGUAUCAUUUUCUGAUAAAUUAACCUCUCUUUAAAUCACCUGAAAUUAUCUUUGAUAUUUUCAACUCAAAAGGGCUGAUCACAAAUGUCCUUUUAACCAUCUUUUUGGCUCUCCUGAUCACUAAAAAAAUAUUCAAUCAGUUGGAGCUAUAAAAGCUUACUGUUACUGUUAAGUUCUUGUUCGGAUAUCUCGUUUUCUUGCAACGUAGACCACGAAUGGGCCGCAACUCUUGCUGUGUCAAGCAGAAGCUGAGGAAAGGCUUGUGGUCUCCAGAAGAAGAUGAGAAACUCUACAAUUACAUUACAAGAUUCGGUGUCGGCUGCUGGAGCUCUGUGCCUAAGUUAGCAGGUCUGCAGAGAUGUGGAAAGAGUUGCAGAUUGAGAUGGAUUAAUUACUUGAGGCCUGAUCUCAAGAGAGGAAUGUUUUCACAGGAAGAGGAGGAUAUGAUCAUUACUCUCCAUGAAGCUCUUGGCAACAGGUGGGCUCAAAUUGCAGCACAGUUGCCUGGAAGAACAGACAAUGAGAUCAAAAACUUCUGGAACUCAUGCCUCAAGAAGAAGCUGAUCAAGCAAGGGAUCGACCCCAACACUCACAGGCCGAUAAACGAAGCACAACUGAAGGACGAGAAAGACUGCGCAGACUCAGCUUCACUACAGAUUUUACAGCCAAGAGGGCUUCCAAAUUUAGCACCGUCAACGCGAAAGGAGCAAGAGCCGUAUCAGCUCAACGGUAUACUCUGCAUCGACAGAGAUAAUUUCACGAGCAAACAAGCCUACGACCCUCUAUUCUUAUCUGAGUUUCAAGCAAACGUCGAUGCUGACGGUUACCAAUCAAAUUUUCUAUCUCAUUGCCAGUUGAGGCCUUACGAGCAGAACCAGAUUGAGGGCAAUCCCAUAAACCCAAGCUGCGGAUUCAACUCAAUGCCAAAUUUAACAAGUUUCGAUCACCAAAACAUGAUAGAUGGAGAGUAUUCUGAUAAUUCAGCUUCAAGAAUGAGCAAGUAUCUGAUGAAUGAAGCAAAAGAGAGCUCAAGCAAUAGCAACAACAACGUUAUCGACAAUGCUGGCACGUUUUCUUGGGAUGCCGGAAACAAGCUGGACUCCAUGUUCCAGUUUCAGUUCAGUGGGAUUCAGAUUGAGGAGAGGAAGCCGAGUCCAUGGCAAGAACUUCACAAUCAGAGUUCGGGGGAUUAUAGUAACUAUCCUUUGACAGCAUUGUCUCAAGAACUGUCCGGGACGACCCUCGACGUCUUCCAGCAAAUGUAAACUGUAUAUAUGGUUUGAUCUUUAAAUUUUGCUCCUCUCUACAAAAACACAAACAGGAAUUCUGGUAGUUUUAGUGACAACUGAAAAGCAUAUACUAUGUUCGUUUUUUACUUGAUUGUAUGUAUUGGUUUGAGGAUUGGUGAAAUAAUGUUGCACAAGUUCAUGUAAAGGGUGAAAUUUGUGUUGUGGUCCAAAUCAUUACAUGAUAGAGAGACCAACCAUGAUGUUAACAGGUGUGGUAGUUGAUCUGCUUAAGUCUGCUGUCAUUCAAGUGAGAAAGUCCCACAUGAAACAGUUGUGCUUUUCUUAGCAAUCUGGGACUAUACAGAUAUAGUGUCCCAGUAUUUAUAAUUGCGUAGUGAGUAUACAUGUUCUAGACUUGGAAAGACUUACAUCCUCGUUUCUUGAACCUUGUAAUAUUGGCAAUCUACCUCCAU